CAGCGGCAACGGCAACCGCGGCGGCGGCGGCGGCGGCGGCGGGGCGGAGCCGUUGCCGAGCUGAGGCGCCAGCGCGGAAGGAGCCGGAGAUGGUGGCCGCGGCCGGGGGGCCGCAGCUCCGCGCCGCCUCGCUCUUGGCCGCGGCGCUGCUGCUGCUGCUGCUGCAGCCGCCGCCUCGCAGCGUGGCCGGAGCCAGCCUGGCCGAGAACGUGAUCUGGGCCGUGAACGCGGGCGGGGAGGCCCAUGUGGACGUCCACGGCAUCCACUUCCGGAGGGACCCCCUCGAGGGGCGGGUGGGACGAGCUUCUGACUAUGGCAUGAAGUUGCCGAUCUUGCGAUCCAACCCUGAGGAUCAGAUUCUCUACCAAACGGAACGCUACAAUGAGGAAACAUUUGGCUAUGAGGUCCCUGUCAAGGAAGAGGGCGACUAUGUCCUCGUACUGAAGUUCGCUGAGGUCUAUUUUGCGCAAUCCCAGCAGAAGGUUUUUGACGUGCGUCUGAAUGGCCAUGUGGUGGUGAAGGACUUGGACAUCUUUGACAGAGUUGGACACAGCACAGCCCAUGAUGAGAUUAUUCCCAUCAGCAUCAAGAAGGGGAAGCUGAGUGUCCAGGGAGAGGUUUCGACAUUCACAGGGAAGCUUAACAUUGAGUUUGUCAAGGGGUACUAUGAUAACCCAAAAAUCUGUGCACUGUACAUCCUCGCGGGAACAGUGGAUGAUGUUCCAAAGCUUCAGCCUCACCCAGGCUUGGAGAAAAAAGAGGAGGAGGAAGAUGAAGAGGAGUAUGAAGAAGGGUCCAGCCCUAAAAAGCAGACCAAUAAGAACCGGGUCCAGUCAGGCCCCCGCACACCAAACCCCUAUGCCUCGGACAACAGCAGCCUCAUGUUCCCAAUCUUAGUGGCCUUCGGCGUCUUCAUUCCAACCCUAUUCUGCCUUUGCAGGUUGUGAAAAAGACAGCAGGCACAGUGGUCUGCAAGCCCACUGCAGGAGGAGUGGGGCCAGAUACCGAGUCUGUCCUGGCUUCUCCAUAUUGCUCAUAAUUUAAGGAAAAUAAUGGCUUGUUCAGGAGCAGCAGGUACAAUAAAGGGAGAGUUUGCAUCCCCCUCAGCGGAACUUUGGGUCUCGGCCAGCUGGGUGCCCCAAGCAGGCGCCUCUCCUGUCCAGAAAGUCCUGAAGCAGAACCUGGAUGUUUUGGGCAGUGAACCCUGUGACGAGCAAGAUGGAGGGGGAAGAAACGGGGAGGGCACGUAAUCCAAAGGUUGGCUGCAAGAAAAGCAGACUUGGCCACUGAACAUCCUUGCCGGAGUGAUUCGCAGGUGUGGAGGGGGGGAUGGGAAGAUGUCCGCUGGAACGUUUGUAACUCGACACGUGGUACUUCUUUUCUCUUCUGAAGGAGGAGACUCACCCUUGUGGACUGAUCUCUGGUAAAAUGCUUCUGGUUGCGGAACAGGUUGAACAGGUUAUCUGGGUCACCUGCUCUGCCAGGUGUCCUGAGCAGCUUUUACUUUCAGGCCGGUGGUUUCCCUGGUCGUGACAAUUCUGACGGGAGCCUUGGAUUGUCCUUGGAGAAUUCCCCCUCGCCCACUUGUGUAACUAACCAGGUUUCUCCCCGCCUGCCCCACGCCGUGCUUUCACUCUUAGGACUUGACCCUUCUCCCUAUUACAUGGCGAAAACCUGACUGGUAGAAGCUGGCGCUCCAGGGGAGGAGGAGGCAGUUUUCCCGAUGGCCUUCAAUUUUUCUCGUGCCUGGAGACUUUCCACAAUCUGAGAUGAUGUCUCCUUUUUUUUCCACUUAAGAAGUCCAGGGCAAGGAAAUCUCAAAAGCUGUCCUGUCCUUGAGCUGCUUCGGUGGUUAAAUUCUUUUAGGCUCAGUUUCAAGGUAACUCUUGAAAGAGAUGCAUGCCCCUUGAAGGGAUCCUGCUGGUCAUUCCUUUCUCAGUUCUUUUCGUGGGCACAGUCUGAAGUGAUCUUAAAAGGUACUUCCUGCCGUGGAAUGCAGAUGGUGAGGUAGCAAAUACAGGGUUGCCUGAAUAUCUGCAACCUAGAGAAAGAUUCCCUCCUUAGGUUGUUGUGACUACUGUUGUUAUCUUUCCUAAAUACUUACUGGGAUCUAAGGAGCAUUUUUCUCCUGAUGUGGCUUUCUGGUUUUCCAUUGCUACAGUUAUAUAGUGGAAUCUGGGGGAAACAAGGCAGAGUAUAAGUCGUUUUCCUCAGUGGCCUUUUCGUACAGAGCGAGCAUUUGCCGAAUGGCUGUACUUGUGAAUCAGUCUCAGUUGAUACUCGGCUCGUGGUGAUGGACCCCCACCGCACCCGUGCUCUGCCACUAGCUCUUCCUCCAUACGCCUCACCCACCCCUCUGGUCGCCUUGCUGAUGCCACCCGGUGUGAUGUUAAGGCCUUCCUUGGGCCUUCAUCUUCUCCCCCACCGUAAUUCCCUUGCAUGCACUCAUGUAGUUAAAAAGUGUCAUGUGAGGGUGCCAAAUCAUACCGCGGGUGACGUUUUCUUAACUUUGGUGAUCCUGCUGUCAGUCGCAAGAGUAGUCCGGAUUGAAGAGGCCAGUCUUCACCAGCAAAUUUCACCUUUCUUCUCAGAAGGGUGAAACGUUUCAUGUUUCUUCCUACAACCUGUCCUGUUUUUCCAGUUUCAGUGUGCUUAAUUUUAAGGUACUUGCCUGGUUUCCUCCCAGGUACAAUGUCAACAGGAAAAUGACUGCUUUACACAGCCAUUUUCUUUUCAUACUGCUGGUAAACAUUAAACUCAGUCCGCUACUCUCUUUCUCCACCUGGCCCAGAAAAUCAUCUUGCCUGGAUUUGGCCUCCUUUUGGACAUUUUGGCCCCAAAGUAAAUUAUUCUUUCCUUCAUUUUAUUUAUUUAUAUAUAUUUCUACUACAGGGAGUAACGUAUGCCCCCACGCAUUUAGUAUUCAUUUUUUUAGGAAUAAACCCCAUUUGGCUGAAAAUGCUGGCAGGGAUUUGCAGCAGUCCUCAACCUGAAAGUUUCCACUUGCUCUUUCUCCUCAUGGCUCUAAACUUUGUUUGAUGGAAGAGUGUCCGUUUUCAUGGCUGCUGUUGGUGAAGUGACUUCUGGCUUAGGCUGUGUGAGACGGCUGAGAUGUGCUAGCCAAACCUGGCAACAGAUACAGCUAGGGAAGCGGCACACCUUCGUGGUUUCACACACGUUACCCAGAAGUAAUUUCACCAAGUGCCAUAUUCUGUUAAUCUCAAUUUGGAAGAAUUUGAUUCAGAAGCUGUUUAGAUGUUGCAGGUCCAGACAGAAUAAUCUGUUCUUCAAAGCAGGUGGACGUUAUGUGAGCUCAGGUACAUAGCCAUGAGGGCAAGGGGCUGCUUUUAUCUUGAUACUGUUGUUCUUUUUUUUUUUUUUUUUGAGUCCUUAAUCUUUAAACAAAAAGCCCUUGUGGCUGUUUAUUUAGGAGCGGGUUUAUAUUUUGCAAGUAAUCUGAACAGAUAAGUUGCCUUGCCUCUCUCAUACCCUAAUAUUUCCCACUGUAAAUUUGUAAGAAUGCGUGUUUCCUCUGCAAACUCUGAAGCAAAUUGAACAUAGAGGAAGACCAAGUGGGCUAUUGCAACCUCAUUCCCAUUCCCUUUUCCCUGCUGGGGCAGAGGCAGCUAACAGUGACUGAUUAUCUUCCUGAACAAUUGUACUCCCUAUCUCCUCCAUUUCAGAGAGCUCUAAAUUCCUACCUAAAGAAAGAAAGAGAGAUGGUUUGUUUCUGACACGUAUGGGUAGACUGAGUGGAAGCUCCACCCCCAGCAAAGUCUUUAACGUAACUAAAAUUCUGCAUUUCUGAGUCUUGAGGUGUAACAAAUGACAACUGCCUUUAUCCUCAUAAGAAUGUUUGACCCCAGUCACACACUAGUAAGCGCAGCCUUAUCCCUAUUUUCAUAUAUGGAGAGAACAUGGGCCUAAUUUCCCGACAAGGCAUCCCAGUGGCUUCUUUCUUAGAGGGAAUUGCAGGACUGUCAACAUCUGAAUCUGUAUCUGUAUAAGCUUCUUCAGGUAGUGAGUUGGCAGGCUUUGCAUGUCAAGAAGUCUCUCUCUAAAGAACUUGUUUUUUCUAAACACUUCGGGUGAGGAAGGCCCCCUGGAGCCCCACGGUCUUCACACGUGCAGAAAGUGGCGAAGGUCAACGUCUACACUUCACUUCCUGCUCUGAGAUGCCACUAACAGUAUGGGCACGUGUGAGGGCUUGGUCUUUCCAUGCUUACAUAGUCUGAAGACCAAAAACCAGGCAAUCUGUCAAGAGCCUUGCAGGGUUGCCCUCCGCAACAGACAUCUAAACAUCAGCCAUAGAACAGUCGAGGAAUCUUGCCAUUACAUCUCGUUGUGUGUGAGGGACAUCUACCCCUUUGGGGCGCUGUAAGAGUAUUAAGACUGCUGUGAUCUGCACACCAACAGUGUGUUGGUUCAGAAGGUCGGUGGUCAAAUGGCUUAUGUUGCCUUGGCAUCUUGAUUUAGAGGCUUUUUUCCUUUGGGCUCUUCUACCUAAGCUGGAAAUCUUAGGUUUGCAGUGUAGGGUUCAAGCAGAUGGCAGCAUAAAUAGACAAGAGGGACUUCUUGCCUGCCAGAUGCCCAAAGGUACUAACGGUUCCUGCCAUUGCCUGCUGUGAGAAGGGACAGUGUUCUGGCUUCAUUUAUGCUGAUGAAUGCCCUAGUAGAUGUUGGAGCACAAGUCCGUGUGCAGUAGCAUUAUUUGGGCACGGGUAUCAGGCUGCCCUUUUCUGGAAUUGUUUUGUUCUUUGACCUACAUCUACAUUUUACUUGCACAAAUACAAAUCCCCCCUCCCCAGCCAGUAGGGAGAGUAAAUGGUCGCUUUAUAGUCCCCAAGGUCCCGUCAGAGACAUGCUGUUGAAAGACGCCCUGUUUGAAUGCAGCAACUUAGACAUCCGAACACAGACGAGAAAGCCUACGGAUCAGGUAUCAUAGUUUGAAUUUCCUGAGGGAGAAAGGGGGCCAUUUGAGUAGCCUUGGGAAGGGUCUGCAGCUGCCUCUGGCUGGGGGGUUGGGCAGGGGCUCAUCAGCAGCGAAUCCCAAAGGUAAAGCUCUGCUUGGACUUAAAUGUGUGUUGCAUUGUACAGACCAGGACUUGCUAAAAACGUGUUCGAUAUAAGUCGGAAAGAUCGGGUGUUGGAACUUGCAAAACAGAAAGUCUAAACUGAUAUUGCUGGGCUUCCUUGGUCCCAAAGCAAAAGGUAGAGUUGGGAGUUGUUACCGUGCAGAACUGUUUAUCCUAGAGAUCUACAGGUUACCAGAACAGAGCUGUACCUUGCUUUUGAAAAGUCCCAAAGGCAGCAAGGCUGUAGAAGUCUGUCUGAGAAUUGUGUGUGGUCCUUGAAUGCAGUCUUCCUUCAGGAGCUAAGGAGUGAUCCCUGGCGGCACAUAAUGCCUGCUAGCACCUUAAUGUUGCUUCCUAGGAAGCUGAAUAGCUGAGGAAGGUGGCAGUAAGGAGCGCAUUGGCAGCCAGCCUCUUUCCAAUGCCUUUGGGCUGCCCAGAGGCUCCAAAUUCUCAAGCCCUGCCUGCAGUGGGGAUCCAAGAAUGGUGCUUAGCUUCCAAAUCAUUUUUUGACCAGGGCUGUUUUUUUUUUAACCAAGAGACAAUUCCCUGGUUAAAUGUGUGGGAAAUUAUUGGGGUGCCUUUGGGGAGUGCCUUGAGAGAUUUUUGAGUUCACCCAGGGAAAGGGCCAGACUUUUUUUUUUAAUUCACUUCCUAAGCAAAUAGGAGUCAGGUCAUCUUAUCACAAUCAGCGCUUAAGUGAAGAUAAUCCUUGUUAUCAGUAACGAGGCAGAUGCAGGUGUUGAGAGCUGCAGUCUCAGCUAUCAUAUGAUUGAGGGGCCCACCCUUUACUGUACUGUUGUGUAAGUUUCUCUUUUCUGUUUGUGCCCCUGCUUGCUCAGGAGGCAUUGACCUGGCCUCCUGGGGCGGCCUAGAUGUUUGCUUCCGGGUGACAGGCCUAAGUUGUGGGGGAAUCUGUCCUCACUGCUGGUUUGUCAUUCGCAACUGUAAACUCAAUACCUAAUUCUAAAGCAGGGUAGUGUGUGCAGCUGUCCUUUACUUUGUGUCUUUAAUACUUUGCAGUGGUUCUUUUUAUUAUUGGGACAUGUGUAGGUGUGCAUUUAAUAUUGAGCUUGGGCAAAGGGUAAAAAGCACAUAGGACAUUGGCUUUGCAAAAGAUUUCUUUUCCUGGGGAAGCAAAAUAGGUAUGGGUGAGUUCUGCAUUAAUUCUUCCCUCCACCCCAUUUUUUUUUUUGGUACAUUUAGCUGUUUGUUUUAUAAAUUUUGUUGGUUUCUUUUUCCCCCAGGAUGUCUGGUUGAGGGAAAUAUUCUGAAAACUACUGCCUGGCAGUUUUAACCAGCAGUGUGUUAAAAAAAAAUUAAAUAAAACAAAAUUAUAUUGUCA